AUGGGGCUUGGGGUCCUCUCAUUGCUGCUGCCCAUCCUGGUGGGCUGGGCCAGCUGCCACCCCAUCCCCGGAAGGAAGAACUUCAACAAGCUCCUGCUGAUAUCCUUCGAUGGCUUCCGCUGGAACUACGACCAGGAUGUGGACACCCCCAACAUGGACCGCCUUGCCCAGGAGGGCGUGAAGGCCAAGUACCUCACACCACCCUUCGUGACAAUGACCUCUCCAUCCCACUUCACCACCAUCUCAGGUCGCUGGAUUGAAGAUCACGGUGUGAUUCACAACAUGAUGUUUAACACAGAGACACGCUGGAAGUACUCCUUCAAGACUACACAAAAGAAGACUGAGUGGUGGGACAAUGGUGUUCUCCCCCUCUGGAUCACAGCCCAGAGACAGGGGAGGAAGACAGCAUCACUCCACUAUCCUGGGGGAGGUGCAAAGUACAAAGGGGAGGCUGUUCAGCGGUCCCUGGUGGAGUCUUAUACUCACCCAGAUAGCAACGAGACAGAGUGGAGGGAGAACAUUGAUAUUGUCAUGAACUGGUUCACCAAGGAAGACUUUGACUUUGUUACUCUGUACUAUGGAGAGCCAGAUAACGUGGGACACAAAUUUGGGCCUGAGACAGAGAACAGACGGGUGAUUAUUCAGCAAAUCGACAGAACUAUUGGGUACCUGGUGGAAGCCAUUGAGAGGCACAGCUUGACCAACCACCUCAAUGUCAUCAUCACAUCAGACCAUGGCAUGACUACUGUAAAAAAGAAACCCAAUGUCACUGAGAUCCUCUUGACUGACUACAUCAAGUUCAACGACUCAGUCAAGUUUGAUAUCGUGGACUAUGGUGGCUUUGGGAUGCUCCUGCCCAAACCAGGGCAAGAGGAAGCUCUUUACCAAGCGCUGAAGAAUGCACACCCUCACCUCAAUGUAUACAAGAAGGAGGAAUUCCCAGAACGCUUCCAUUUUGCCAAACACAAGCGGGUCCUGCCAAUCUUGAUGUAUGCCGACUCUGGUUAUAACAUCAAUGGGCAACUUAUAAUAUAUUUCAACAAAGGAGAUCAUGGCUUUGAUAAUGUCCUCAUGGACAUGAAGACCAUAUUCAGAGCUUUUGGGCCAGAUUUCAAGAAGAAUCACCUAGCUGAGCCUUUUGACAGCAUCCACAUCUACCCACUCAUGUGUAAGCUCCUGGGGGUUACCCCAGAGCCCCACAAUGGCUCCCUGGCAGUCACUCAGGAAAUGCUUGUGGACUCAUAUGACCAGCAGCCAGCUCAGGGCCUACCGUCGUCCGCGCGAGCCCCGGAGCCCCCCACGGGCAGGGACGGCUCCCGGGUUCCCUCACGGGUUCCCUGA